AUGAAAACUGACAUCGAACAAGACUGCUUCCACCCCCAAUAUGAACCUACUACGUUGGGUGAUAAAGAAAGCGCCACGGUCCAACCGUCAAAAUCCAUCACAGACAGCGACCCCUCAUCGGACGACUGCCAGACAGAGUUGGAAAGACGCAAGAAAAUUGAGGGUCGCAAAGAUUUUCGCGCCUUGUCUUCCGAGCUCAUUCGCGACCCUCGCUAUGAGGUUGGCGCAGUGAAGCUCAAAUACCCGGAAGUUGAGCACUAUGGAGAUAUAGGGAGACUCAUCCUGGGAGAAAAGGGUGGUGUUUGCACCGUGGUAUUCGGAUUGGUCUCGGCUUUGAUUCUUCUUUUACUUGCCAUUCCACCAACAUUCGCCGAUAUUGCUAUACUUGGGUACAUCGAUGUCGCCUCGAUCUUCACGGCCAUUGGGAUCACAAUGAUUGCAACAGGUGUACAAAGCACUCGAGACAACAACAGUUCACCUGGCUCGGAUUGGUCAGCUUGGCCUAAGGAGAAUGUCAGCUUCUCAACGGCUAUGGUUGCAAUGAAUAAUAUUGUUUACGCCUAUUCUUUUGCUCCGGUGAUACCAUCAUUUAUGAAUGAGAUGCACACCCCAAAGGACUACACCAAAGCAAUAUAUACACUGGGAGUGAUUGAAAUUGUUAUUUAUACCUUGAUCGGUUCUCUCGUGUAUUUAUUUGUGGGCAAAGAUGUACAAUCCCCUGCCCUACUCUCAGCCGGACCCCUCAUGUCGAGGAUCGCUUUUGGUGUUGCCCUUCCGGUGGUUUUUAUAUCCGGAUCCAUAAACACCAGCAUUAUUGCUCGCUAUAUUCAUGCAUACGUUUAUCGCCACUCUGUUGUACGCUAUGUGAACACGAAGAAGGGUUGGAUAACCUGGAUCUCGCUCGUGGCAGUCCUCACAUUUGUUUCGUGGAUAGUUGCCCAGGCCAUUCCGGUAUUUUCAAUCAUAUUAUCAAUCAGCGCGGCCUUGUUCAUUUCAGGACUGUGCUUUUACAUUCCUCCAAUAAUGUGGUUUGUCCUUGUCAAAGAAGGAAACUGGUUCUCCCGGUCCAACUUUCAACGAGCCUCCUAUAACGGGAUUGUCUUUCUGUUCGGCAUCGGUGUUCUCGUUUGUGGCAUGUAUGCCAAUGUUGUGAAUCUGAUUCAAGAGUCCAGGGACCCCAAUUCCAGCCGACCCUUUACAUGCUCGAGCAUUGCAUAA